GAAAAAAAAGAAAAUGUCUCCGCUUGAAUUGUUACCAAAACGUGAGCGAAGUCAAAAGCAAAGAAACAGAUUUCAAUAGAACCAGUUCAUCAUCAGAAAGGAACAACAGCUAAAUAACUGCUAAAUAUGACGUCAUUACUGCAGUACAAGGGGAAUUAUACAUGAUAAAUCUAGGAAUUUAUAUGUUAAUAUAUAACAUAUGUACAGUUAACAGCAGCAUGACCAGCAUGACAUUUGUGUAAACUCGCUAGAACGCUUUGAAAGUGAGACAGAAAUCCAGCACAAUGAGUCGGCGUCGCGACAAUGAGGCUUACCCUUUAGCUACAUUCGGUAAAACGAAUAAUGAUGGCGACUCCCACAUGGUCACCAAUAGUCUGUACGACAGUCCGUGGAGGAACUCUCCCAUCAAUGGGAAAGCUAGUGGUGAUAGCAGUAUGGAGGAGAGAGAACGGUUCUUGACCCCCGUCAAACUCGACCCUGGCUGGGAAGGGGUAGAGAGAAACCCAGAUGAGCUCAACUUUAAAAAUCUGUCCAAGGUUCAAGAGUUGGAAAAAAACGAACCACCAGAUAGGUGGCGUGUUGUCUACAUCAUCAUGGUGAUUCAUGGUGUAGGAAUUCUUAUGCCAUGGAACAUGUUCAUCACAGCCAAAAGUUAUUUUGAAGAUUAUAAACUGAAUUCGACAGGGCAGUCGGAGGAUAUUGCCGAAUAUAGCAAAAAUUUUAUGAGCUACGUUGGCAUGUUCUCUCAGAUCCCCAAUGUUGUGAUGGGUGCUAUCAACCUGUUCUGUCAGUGUGGUUCAGGAGGAACUCCCACGUUGCGUAUUGUUGUCAGCCUGUUGAUAAUGACAGGAAUCUUCAUUUUUACAGUAGCAAUGGCCAUGAUAGAUUCCUCCUCAUGGCCAGGGAUUUUCUUCUGGGUGACCAUGUCAUCAGUGACCAUACUGAACAUGGCUGUUGGUGUUUACCAGAACAGCAUAUAUGGGUUAGCUGCAAUGCUUCCUAUGAAGUACACCAAUGCUGUUGUCUUUGGAAAUAAUUUUUCCGGCACAUUGGUUUCCGUCAUCAAUAUCAUAUCACUAGUUGUGGCACCGAAUGUACGGACAUCUGCAAUUUACUACUUUGUGACGGCCAUUCUUGUUCUUCUGAUCGCUUUUGAUGCUUAUUAUGUUUUACCUCUUACAAAAUUUUUCCGCCAUUUUCAAGCAGUUGUUGCUUUAAAGACUGAGGGUGCAUCCCGAUCACAGGAGACCUGUUCUGAAAUUGUUAAGAGAUACUGGUUUGUAUUCAAAAAGAUCUGGGUUCUUGUGUUUUGCGUGUGGUUUGUUUUCUUCGUCACACUGGCCAUCUUUCCAGCCAUUCAGAGUGACAUCGUCAGACUUCAUUUCCCCAUCGCAGAUUCUUUUUUUGUGGCCAUUUUCUGCUUCUUGAGUUUCAACUUUUUUGCGAUGGUUGGAAAUGCCACAACAGAGGUUAUUCGUGUGCCGGGUCCACGUUGGCUAUGGAUUCCUGUUUUGCUACGAGGCUUGAUCUUUAUUCCAUUCUUCUUGUUUUGCAACUACCGUCCCGAAGUGCGCACACUACCUGUGCUGAUCAGUAACGACUAUGUCUAUAUUGCUGGUGGCGUAUUGAUGGCAUUCACCAGUGGAUAUUUUAGCAGCCUGGCAAUGAUGUAUGCACCCAAGCAGGUGGAGCCGGAGAAUGCUGGGACAGCUGGGAUGAUGAUGGCCUUCUUCCUCGUCCUUGGAAUCGUGUGUGGCAUUAACUCGUCUCUAGGAUGGGCGAAACUUAUCGAGAGCUUUUAACACAGCUUCAUAAAUGGA